GUGACAAAGACUAUUUUACAUAACUAUUCACAAAGUUAUUAGAGGACACGUGACUCAGUCAGUCUUUCUCAAACCGCCCAUUGAAGGACUCCUCUUUCCUGUGUUCCAAUUCGUCCAGGCCAAGUAUAACCUUGUGAACGUAUCCGAGCGAGCAAAAAGACUUCUGGUUAGCUUUCUAUGUCAAAUAUCUCACAAAUUCAGCCUACAGUCCCUCCUCCCGUUCAAACAACGUCAUCUGAGCCGGGGGAGAAGGAUGCCGAUUUUAUCGUUCUUCGACAACUGAAUAAGCGCGCUCGUGUUCGCCUUUCCCAAGAACCCAUAAACCUUUCGCCCAUCCCAGGCAGGGCCUCCUUAUUCGUGGUCGCAAACUCUCGAGCAUGGUUUGCAGCAGUGGGCCGAGAUUCCAAUUCUGAGACAGUCCUUGUGCUGUCGUCACUCAGCGAUCUUCGCUCAGCAUUUGCUACCGCCAACGAUACGGAUGACCGACCGUAUCAACCUCAAAGGAAGGUUCCCUUGGGUGCUGCCACUCCAAAUAUUGUCGUAUUUGCAUCCAAUGACUCCAGACUUGUCGUUGGGCUUGCUGAGGGGUCGAUUAUGGUUUACGCCACAGAGCACCUAUUCUCCCCUGGAGACAGUCCCGUCAAUCCCAUUUACUCACUUCCUGCUGUGCCUUCAGCUUUCGUCGUUUCAAUAUCUCCGAAUACGGGAGAUCUUUCAGAACUUGUGGCCAUCUUACGGGACUCCCAAGCUGGCUCGAACGGAUUAGCAGUAGAGCUUCUCGACGUCCAAAAACUUACAACCGUGGGAGGUUGGGUAGCAGGGAAUUUACCAAAUACCAUUCCCGCAUCAAUAUCCUGGUCUCCCAAGGGCAAGCAGCUUGCGCUGGGUAUGAGAAGCGGUUCCAUCGUCACAUAUGCACCUACUUCUACCUCCGCCCCAAAGUCCAGCAUUCCAAGCCCACCCUCCGCAUCUAAUGCCUGCGUCAUAUCAACGACUUGGCUAUCUGCUUCGUCUUUCCAUGCGAUCUACGCACAGCUACCACUUAACCCAGAAGUCGAACAAACUCACUUCCAUGUCUCCCUUGAUGGCAAAACUAAUUCCGCACAAGACUUGAAAUUCUCCUCUCCAUAUUACCCUUCACCCGGGCUGCGGCCACCUGGUGCAUUCAUCGUGUGUUUGCGUGGGUGGGAUCCCGCAAAGAUAUUGUUAUUUAUGGGAGACAGUACUUCGUCAGACAUUGGGGUGGUUGGGUGUGUAGGAGAGAAUUGGUCGAAUCUGUCGCUUGAGGAAACGUCGACGCCAAGCCUCCCGUUGGACAAGGACAUGAACGACACUGUCCUCGUUGGCCUAGAGCUUGAUCUAACUAGCACUGAGCCGUUCCACCACACAAGCGCGUCCGGGGAGGGUGUCCAGUUACCACCUUCACCUAUCAUGUAUGCAUACGCAUCAGACGGGACAUUAGCAGGUUGGCAUGUCCUCAACAGCAAGGGAACACCUUACCCGGGCAUGGCUACCCAAUCCUCAAGAGCGAUGAUGGAGAUGCGGGAACCGUCCAACGACAUGCAUGCGUCUCCUAUUGAACCCACUCCACCCUCCGUCAGCGCGUCAGCUUUCGGCCAGACAGCCUCUGAUUUUGGCCAGUCGUCCGCGUUUGGGAAACAACCUUCAUUUGGGCAAUCAUCGUUCGGUCAGCAACUGGGAUCUCCCUUUGGUCAGACAUCAACAAACAAUGCUUUCGGCCAGCAAACGACAUCCGCGUUCGGACAGUCGUCACCAACUUCAGCAUUUUCUCAACCCUCUUUCGGCCAGUCAUCAUUUGGCCAAUCAUCAUUCGGACAACCUGCACCUGCAUUUGGGUCCGCUGCUCCAUCGGCCUCACUAUUUGCUCAAGUCGGGAAGUCUGCUUUUGACACCACGCCUACUUCAGGAGGGUUCGGGGCAUUUGGUACUGUUGGACCCUCGAAGUUCGGACAGACAGAGUUCGGGUUUGGAGGAGCACAACCUAUUUCGCCUUCACAGAGCGCAUCAAUAUCAGCAUCUGCAGAAGAUAGUAUGGCUGCAGAUGAUACACCCGGCUUUGGUGGUCUCUCACUCGGUAGCGGUAACCCUGCUCCUCAGAGCGCUGAUUCAAGGCCCUCCAUUUUUGGGAGCGCAGCUACAUCUCAAUCUUCUCCUACCAGUGACUCAGCGGGAGGUGGACUCAUCAAGCCUGCAACCGGCUUUGGAGCUCUUGGCAAUGGAGGCCAGCAAAAGAGUCCAUUCAGUGCGUUCGGUGGUGUAUCAACUACAUCGGCAUUUGGAGGCAGUGCCCCAGCGACUACCUCAGCGUUUGGAUCUGCUACUACACCUACUUCUGCAUUCGGGAAGACUGGAUUUGGUGUCACAUCUGACUCUAGCUUUGGGAAGAGUACAUUUGGACAGUCUGGAUUCGGACAAUCCAGCUUUGGAACGUCAAUUUUUGGCAAACCGGCCUUCGGAUCAGCCACCAAUACUGCACAAACGCCAGCACCUGCUUCCGGAGGCUUCGCCGCAUUUGCAACAGGUGCCCCAAAUGCUUUCGGAGCUAUUACUUCCAAUACAGGUGCUCAGAAGCCUGUAUGGGGUAGUGCAACCGAUGCUACAAAACCCGAUGCACCAACGCCUACCCAGGGAAUUAACGUUCCACGUGAAGCAUCUGUGCCGCGCGACGAAAGCCGGUCUCCUUCCCCUGUCGCGCAGAGGGGUGAAGAGACUGAGUCUGGAUUCAAGAGCUCUGUGCCAGCUCCGACUAUAGGUGCCUUCAGUAAUUUGAAGUCAUCUCCAUCUUCAUUCUCGAUGAAACCCUCUGGAUUCGGGCUGGGAGAACUACCGAAAGACUCUCCGUUUUACAAGCCGGCGCCAGCACAGCCACCUGUCUCUGCAUUUGCUCUGGCGGCAGGUACCCCUUCGACACCGCCAAAACCUACUACCGGGGCUCCUGCCUUCGGCCAGUCGUCGAUGCCUGGCGCUGUAAUGAAAAGUCCCUUUGGGACCAUGACACCCAGUCCCCCGGCUCCUACAUUUGGUGCGUCAUCCAUGCCAGGAGGAGCGUUCAAGAGCCCAUCCAGCCCACUUCAGUCAGCUUUCUCGGUACCUUCAACGGGCGGUUUUAGCGCUUUUGCGUCAGGUGGAAGUGGAGGUUUCAGUGCGUUUGCGGGCGCACCAAAGUCAUUUGGCGAGCUGCUGAAGAGCACUGGUGACGAGGCCAAGGAACCCCCAAAGACGGAAUCUGUCAAUGUAUUUUCCGUACGCAUUGCCGAGCCUGAGACGCCUGCUAAAGAGGUUAGGAAUGUCAAGGUAGAAGAGCCGCUUACGCCUACUACGCCGGUUGCAAAGGUGGAGGCUGUCAAGGAAGAGGAAACGCCAAUUAGGACAACUACUCCGCCGCUUCCCGUGGUCGAGGAGAAAGCGCAGGAGGCGAAGGGCAUGGACAAGGCAUUGCCUCACGAACCUUCCUUGGAGUCUAUCUCUUCUUCGACAGCCUCAUCCUUCGUUGAUGUUUCUGCUGAAGAUGCGGCUGAGGGUGAUGCGGACUCGACUGUUGAAGAAUCUGAUGAGGAUGGGGAGCUCGAGGACGACACGAAGUCAUUUAUUUCUGAUGAUGAAUCGGAAGAAUCGGAAGAGUCUGAAGAAUCUGAAUUGCCGGACGAGCAAGACGAGCGAGAAGAGGAACAGGAAGAAGAACAGGAGGAGCUUGAGGAAGAAUGGGAAGAACAGAAAAAACAGCCAGAAGAGCAUAAGGAAGAGAAAGAUGAGAAAAAAGAAGUGGAUAUACAUCAGGAGGAGCUAGAAGUGCAGACGCAAGAAGGGGAGCCUGAGCUCACAGUGGUUCCUUCUUCUAUUCCAUCGCCUGCUGCCAGGUCUCGAUCGACCACUCCAAAAGCAGAGUUACCGACCAUUACAUUGUCAACUUCGCCUUCCCCUCCGCCUCGAAAGAUAUCUCCAGUUAGGGACCAGAGUACAACACCACCUGGAUCUCCCGUGCCUGAGGCUCAACGUGUUGCACCUCCCCCUCCUGCCUCCUCCCCAUUCGCUAUAACUCCCAGGACGACGGGUACCCGACCGGUCAAAAGCUCACCUCUUGCAAAUGCCCCCCUCACUGGAGACAUGGAAGCUCCCAUUUUCUCACCACAAGCGAAAACAGCAUUUCCGACUAUGGUACCGCACCCUGCCUCACCGAGGCCGCAAUUCGGCUCAUGGGUACCCCCAGUGAAGCAAGACGCAGAAUCUGAUUCUUCCCGGCCCAAAACACCCCCAGUUUUGUUCGGCAAGAGUGCGAGCGUGCCAUCCAUCACGGCGCUGCCUAUGCCACCAGCGUUUACACUACCACCAAAGCCCGUCCUCUUCGGCGCUGUAGCUCCGACUCAAUCUCGGACUCCAACCCCACCACCGAGUGAGAGUCCCAUCAAAACACCGGAAGCGCCUCCUGAUCUUACUUGUCCGCCUCCUGGCGUUUUCAGUAGUUUCAAGCCACCUGGGGCUGUACCCGUUGCUCCCAUGUCUCUAUCUCCAGGCCCACCGCUACCUGCAGUUCCUCCUCCUUCUAUAUCUCCGCCAGCUCCGCCCAUCGAACAAGGCAUGCAGUCUGAGUGCUCGUUUAUGGUCUCUCGUUUAACUUGGGAACUUGACAAUCUAAAAACUAUGGCAACGCGUGCAACACAGCAAGCCGCCGAACUCAGGUCAAAGAAAACGUCAGGACAAUCUCAUGUGAAAGCAGACCUUGCAGAUGCAACAAAAUGGGCGCCUGGAGACAUCCAGGAAUAUGGUCGUGUAAUGACUGAAGUCCAGGGUGACAUCAAAGAGAUAAAGGAGCAACGGAAGCUUCUCAAGCAAUCGCUCAAGGAGCUUGAGAGUAGUAUGCUGAAAGCGGGAACAAGAAAGGAGGAAAUUAUUCGGUUUACUCGAGCUCAGACGGACAGUGAGUUUGCUAAGAUGCUCAAGAUCAGAACCCUUGGACCGGAAUAUCUGGAAACUCAGUCGCAACUACGGAGGGAUAUAAGGACGAUGAGGGACCGUGUGCAAAAGCUCGAGGACCAUCUGCAAUCCUCUAAAAAGAGGCUUGCUGAGCUAAAGGCAGGCAAACCAAGCCUAAAGGCACCGUCUUUGGAUACCGUGAACCGCACCUUCCGCAACAUUGAUAUCUCAAUCACGCAACAAAGUGGGGAUGUCGCCAAACUCCAGCAGCGAAUGAGCAAGUUGGACAUAUCCUCUGAUGUCCUCGGUUCACGAGACAAACGGCUCUUAGAAUCAAGCGUUAAGAAGCCAUCGGCUGUGAUUCCCCAUGUAGCGGUCACCACGGCUGCUGCAUUGAAUGCCGAACGCUCUGCACAGAAGUUAAAACGGGCUCUGCUGGCGGUGAGGAAGGAGCCCUUACUCAACAAGAAGGCGGCAUCCAAACCCGCGCCUACGUCAUUCCUGACGCCAAGCAGAGCAACGGUGAAGCAAGAGCCCAAUACACCUACACCUAUUAGUUUCAUUUCCCUUCCUAGCAGUGCCUUGCCUGCGUUCAACACCCCUACAUUCACAAAGUGUGGAUGGUCGCCAGAAACGUCCAUCAACUACGAUGAUUCUACAUCUUACAUAGCUUCCUCUUCACGUCGCCCACAGCGAACAUCAAGACAUGGAUCUUCAGCUAAAUCGGCGGCCAUGCUGAAGUCGGAGAGUCUCGAAGCUUCUCCGACGCCCGCACCAAAAGCCCCCGCUGCUGUAUUUGACUGGGGACCACUACCAAUUGUCACACCAAAAACAACACUGUCUGCUGAUGUUCGGCCCAAGGGUUUCAAGUCGUAAAUAAAGACUGAUA